UAAGAAAGUGGUUGACAAUUGAGCUCAUUUCCAAUUUCAAUAUGUUGCAGCACAUAUUGUUGACUCUAUUCUUCAUUGGGCCUAUCGCUGCAAGCCCAUUAACCGGCCGUGUUAUUGCUGGACAGGAAGCCAAACCACACAGCUGGCCAUGGCAGGCCUCUCUGCAGUUUGCUUAUGAACUUGACCCUGACUUCUUCCAACAUAUGUGUGGUGGAACCCUCAUUUCUGCAAAUUGGGUCAUGACUGCUGCACAUUGUAUUAUCACCACACCAGGAAGAUUUGCUGUUGUUCUUGGAGAACAUGACCUGGAGAACAAAGGCAAUGAAUAUUUGAGACAUGUUCAAUUGAUCAUCACGCAUCCUCAAUGGAAUCCCAAUUCUCUUGCAAAUGGAGAUCCUUUCGGUGUUCCAUCUCCCACACUGCAGCAAGCUCUGCUCCAAGUGGUGGACUACAAGACAUGCUCAUCUCCGUACUGGUGGUCAAACACAGUCACUGAAGAUAUGAUCUGUGCUGGGGGUGAUGGUGUGACUUCUGGAUGUCAGGGAGAUUCUGGUGGCCCUCUGAACUGUCAGGGUAAUGAUGGAGUUUGGACUGUCCAUGGUGUUGUAAGCUUUGGACCAGUCUCCUGUGUUAUGGAGAGGUAUCCUACAGUUUUUACUCGAGUAUCAGCUUUCAUUGACUGGAUAAUGCAGACCAUGCAACAAAACGGUGGAAUGUAAGAUAAUUCCGAAGUAUCAUCAAUGGAAUGAGGUCAAGCAGAAAUAUUCACCUACUGUGACUUAACCGAUAAAAAUGGGCCUGAUUUAACCUGCA